UGUUUUAGACGCAUCCUUGCUCUGUAAUUGAGUAAUAUUUGAAUGAUGGACAGAACGGUAAGAGAAAGACCUCGUUUGAGUCUGUUCCAUUCCAAUAGAAUUCCCGUUGGAGCUUUUUGACUGACACUGUUCAACCAGAGCGCACCAUUAGAGCGUCCACAAGUCUUCCAUCUUUUACGCAUCUGUACGGUCGUCGUUUAACUCAAGCUGGAGACGCGGCAAUGACGGGCAAGAAGCUCGGCAGUCGCUCUGAGCAGCCUCACAACCGGAGUGCAGUUAAGGGGCAGCUCCGGUCCCUUGAAUGACCCGGCGGCAGCAUGCGCUCUUGGCACAACAGCUCCCAGUGCUUCUCCCGCAACUGCAGCUGGGAGGACCCCGGGAACGGGAGCUACUUCGAGCCUCCCAUGAACGUUUUCCCCAUCCCCGUGCUCACCGGAAUCACCAUCGUCUGCGCGCUACUGUUCCUUGUCGGAGUCACCGGCAAUGUCAUGACCAUCCUGGUCGUCAGCAGAUAUCGAGAUAUGCGCACGACCACUAACCUGUACCUGUGCAGCAUGGCGGUGUCCGACCUGCUGAUCUUUCUCUGCAUGCCGCCAGACCUCUACCGCCUGUGGCGGUACCGACCUUGGCGCUUCGGCGACGCCCUCUGUAAACUCUUCCUGUUUGUGUCGGAGUCAUGCACCUACUCCACCAUCCUCAACAUCACCGCGCUGUCCGUGGAGCGAUAUCUGGCCAUCUGUUUCCCGCUACGCGCCAAAGCCUUGGUCACCAAGCGUCGCGUGCGCUUGCUGAUUCUCGCGCUAUGGGCCGUGUCCCUGCUGAGCGCGGGGCCCGUGUUCGUUAUCGUUGGUGUGGAGCGCGACGAGUACGGUGCUGGGCCCGGUGAAUCGGUAGAGAACGGGGAUACCAGCGAGUGUAAGAUGACACAGUACGCCAUCAGGUCGGGACUGCUCGCCGCAAUGGUGUGGGUGAGCUCGGUGUUCUUCUUCCUGCCGGUGUUCUGUCUGACGGUACUCUACACGCUGAUAGGCCGCCGGCUGUGGAAGAGGCGCCGGGAGACCAACAUCGGACCCUGCGUUGCCCACAGAGACAAAAGUAAUAGACAGACCAUCAAAAUGCUGGUGGUGGUGGUGCUAGCCUUCGUGCUGUGCUGGUUUCCCUUCCACGUGGGCCGCUACCUGCUGUCCCGCUCCUCUGAGGAGGGCUCACCCUGGUGGUCCCUGCUGUCCGAGUACUGCAGCCUGGUGUCGGUGGUGCUGUUCUACCUGAGCGCUGCCAUCAACCCCAUCCUCUACAACACCAUGUCCAGGAAGUACCGCUCCGCCGCCGCACGCCUCUUUGGCCUGGCUGCCAGCCAGGUGCCGCCGCGCGGCCGCACGGCCAGCACCGCGGUGGGUGAGGGCUCGCCCGCAUGGACCAACUCCACCGUUAGCCUUUAA